CAAGAGAAAUUAAGGAAUGCCUCAAAAGCAUCUUGUGGACCUUCUUUUGUUUAUUUCGCAUUAGUUUAUGUGCAAUAGCAUAUCUUUAUCAAAUAUUUAACUUUUGGAUUUCUAUCCAUUAAAUUAGGGAUGAAUCAUGAAUCGUGCUAGCAGGCACAAGAUGCCGGAUCAAAUUUGCUUCUUUGAAAUCCCCGUCUCAUCUGCAAGUCUACUACAACUCGCUUCAACCUCUCGACAAGGAGGUCGAUUUCUUUCCCGCUAUAAAAAAACUAUGGUCGAAAGAUCGAGAGAAACACUUCUCCAGAUUGGCGAACAAAGAAAAAUUGUUAGGGUUUUGCUUUAUGAAAUUAUUUGUGUGCGAAUGGAAGCCGUUAAUGAUGCAUAUGAUGUCAAGCUUAGGGAGAUACAUUUGGGAUAAACUUGGGGAUAAGCAAGGUACAAAAGCGUUAUUUGGCUUCCAUUGAUGCAGAGUUUGUCGUUAUCUGAGUGAGAUGGGCUCUUCUCGCAGCCGACAGGCAUUGGCUUUUAUGUUUCUUUACUGCUUGGCCUGUCCUUUGUCGCAGUCUUUAGUGAACGGUCUCAGAAAGGUAAGAGGUGUGAACUUAGGAGGGUGGUUGGUGGUGGAGAGAUGGAUCAAACCUUCCCUUUUUGAUGAAAUUCCCAAUGGUGAUAUGCUUGAUGGAACUCAGGUUCAGUUCAAGUCAGUGACACUACAGAAGUAUGUGAGUGCUGCCAAUGGGGGAGGCAUGGAUGUAACUGUAGAUCGUGACAUUCCUUCUUGGUGGGAGACCUUCAAGAUAUGGAGAGUAUCUGAAAAUAUGUUUCAGUUUCGAUGCUUUGGGGGCCAAUUUUUAACAUCACGAAGUGAAGGGAAUGUGAUAUUAGCAACAGCAGAUAUGCCCACUGUUUCAGAAACAUAUAUAGUUGAAAGAAACAAUACAAAAGUCCACAUUAAACUUUUGAGUGGCAAUUAUUUGCAGGCUACAGAAGAUUAUCAGCUCAAGACUGAUUAUGAUGGCGAACCAGGGUGGGAUGAUAAUGAAGCAACGUUUGAAAUGGUGAUAUAUGCCAACAAUUUGCAUGGAGAUUUUCAGCUUGCUAAUGGAUAUGGACAAGAUAAAGCCAGAGAGAUCUUAAUGGUAAGCUAUCAUCCUUUGCUUGGUUCAAAAUAAUGGCAGAGACUGGUAAAUAGUAUAUAAACAUUCCGUGUCUGGGUGGAACCAGGUGGGGCCUAGCAGGAUCAUGGCUUUCCCAUUGUAUUUGUUUAUUCAAAUAAGGUUGCAUUUGAAUAUCUUCACAAAACCUCACUCUUUCUUCAAUUUAUUCUAUAAGUGUUAAGCUUUCAUCUAAUUGCUCAGAUUUGUAGUGAACUCUGUUUUGUUGGAGAAUUUAAAUAUCAUUUUUGCACGUAUCUAUUGCUAUCUUAAUGUUUGCCUAUUUGCUGAUGUUAACUUUCUUCAAUGUGAACUUUAUGGAUCAUUUUUAUCCCAGUGAAAUUUAUGUUAUAGGAGUUAUGUUUCUUCCUGUAUUCUGGAGCUGUUACUUGUGUUCAAACAUAAGGAGGUUGGACCAAAUAUUUUUCUAUUUCUGUUGGAUUCAUCAAGGACCAGCUUGAAGCCCAUAGCUUUUUGCUUUAGUCAUGGAUGUUCUUACUAGACAUUUGCAGGAGGAUGUAUCCUGGUGUAUACUUUUUGCUGAUGAUAUUUUCUUGUUGAUAAGGCUAAAGAGGGAGUUAAAGGCAAACUUAAAUUAUAGAGGUAAACCUUAGAGUAUAAAGAUUUUCAUUUGCGUAGAUCUAAAACCGAAUACGUGGAGUGUAAUUUUAGUAGUAAUAGAUAUAACGAGGGGAUUGUGACUUUGGGCGAUCAAGCAUUAAUAAGAAUACACAUUUUAGAUAUCUCAAGUCUAUUGUCCAGAGUGAUGGUGAAAUCGAUGGGGAUAUUAUUAGUAAAAGGCUUUUCCCCCAGCCACGAAGCUUAGGGUUCUAGGCUCAAAAUAAAUUUGUGUGCAUGUUUCUAUUCUUGACACUCAACUUACCUAUGCAAAUAAAAAGUUAUAUAUGAGUAGAUAUUUACUAGCAUUAGAAAUAGUUGUUGACUAAUUAAUGUGAUUUUAAUCAUAAUAGUGUCAUAUCAAAGAUUAAAAUUAUGGGAAAGGAUUAUUAUAGUGAUAAUAGGAGUUGCAAUAUUGAAGAUAAAACAAUAAAAAUAGAUUUUGAUGAUAUGCGUUAAUUAUUAUAUGAAGUACAUCUAGAAAUUAUGGCUAGAAUAUGCAUAAUUAAUUAGUAUAUAUAUGGAUAUUUAGCUUUAACACUGUC